GCGGAAUCAGUCGUGUCCAAUCGAAAGCCGAGCGAUAAAGACGAUCUUCAAAACUUUGGAAGAACUUAAUUAAGCCGAGAUUUACUUUUAAAUCUUAUUAACGCUUCAAACGGUUUCUUCUUCGACUGUUAUAGCAUGUGACGAUUCUGAAAACUACUUUCGGAGGAGGUUUUGUUUUGUUUUUUCCUUUUUCGGAGCCAAGUUUUUCCAAAGACAUGAGCAUCAGAUCCCAGCAGCUCAGGGACUGACAGCAUGGCAUCACAGUUCACCAUCGAUGAUGCCUUCGUGUUGGAUGGAGAAGAGGAGGAGGCUGCUGUCUCUGAUGGAAACCCGGAGGGAUGGAAGAGCAAAGAGAAGGAGAGAGAUGGAGAGAUGACGUUUGGGCCCCUGACCUUCUCCAAACCUCAGGCUCAUCCUUCAGCUGCAGCCACAGGCUCACCUGAUCACAGCAACCUGAAGUAUCAGAAUCUGGAAAAUGAAGACGCACUGGGCAACAAUGGCAACUCUUCCUUCAAUAACUUCUUCAAAAUCAGCGAUCCGGCUACUUUGUCGUACUGCAGCUCUCAGUGGUCCUUUAGCACCUUGAGUUCGUACACGCAGCUCUCGGCUCGAUGCUGCGGGUGGGUGUCCCACCCGCUGGUGAAGAAAAACAGACGAGUCGUUCUCGCUUCAUUCCUGCUCCUAAUCACUGGAGUCGCUCUUAUUUUUACAGGGAUUGUCAUACAGCUGAAUCCAACUGCAGGUGUUUCUAGUGCCAUUUUCUUUGUGCCUGGGUCGCUUCUUUUUAUUCCUGGAGCAUAUCAUGUGAUCUACAUCACCUGUGCUGUCCAGGGUCGGAGAGGCUUCAAAUUUUUCUACUUGCCUUACUUUGAAAAAUGAAAUCACAUUCCACAUUACAUUUCACUCCAUUUCUGUUUCCUUAAUGUUGCAAUGAACUGUAGUUCAUGAAUUGUAUCAAAAUGUAACGUCACACUGUUGUUAUUGCUUUGUUUUGUUUUUUUAUGUUAAUGACCACUGCUACUUGGACCACUUGGUGCCAUGACUACAUUUCC